AUGACCCCAGCUGAAGGGACAGCUCCUGAUGGCUCUGUUGUCUCCUCUUGCCCCAGCAGUGGGACGCUCAGCUGCCUGCCGUACCCUGCGGAGGACAGACGGCCCGAGAAGCUGAGCAGCUGUGUGGUCAGGGAGCCUGCCAGCGCCAAUGGCUGUGCCAAGGGGAGGGACAGACGAGACCGUGCCCACCGCAGGUCACGCAGCCAUUCGUGUGAUGGGGAGCGGCCGCUGCCGGCUCGGGGGAAGAAGAAGAAAAAGAAAUCCGGUCGCAAGAAGCGAAGGAGGUCUCCCUCCUACAGCACUUCACCUGUGAAGAAGAAGAAGAAGAAAAGCUCCAAGAAGCGAAAAAGAAACAGGUUAUCAUCAAAGAAGAGAAGGCACAGUUCUUCAAGCCCCAAAAGUAAGAGAAAGGAAGAAAGAAAACACAAAAAACACUCUCGUGGGCGCACCCGGAAAUCCCAUCGGCAUCGCCGCUGCCACUCUCGCUCAGAGAGCUCCGACUCCCACUCCCCCAGCUGCCGGAGCAGGCACAGAGCCAGGUCUCGGGAGGAAGGGCGUAAAACACGGCGAAGACACUCCUGGCACCAUUCAAAGAUCACGGCAAAGAGAAGCUCCUCUGCUGAGGUUCAGGCCAGUCAAAAAGCCAGCCAAACCCUCCCACUCUACAGCUUCCUGUCUUCUAAGGAAGUAAUCUCUCAGUCAGGGUCUUCUGCUGACCUCUUUACCAAAACAGACAGCCCGCCUGGCAACCUAGCCAGCCAGAAUGGAGAGUAUCAUGAAUAUGACUCAGGAAACGAUACUUCCUCCCCUCCCUCCACUCAAACGAGCUCAUCCAGGUCAAAGGACAGCCAGGAGAAAAGAAGUCUAGUCCAUGAUGGCUUUGGCCAUGCCUUCUCGUCCGGGAAGCCCAAACUGGCCAACAGCGAUAACAGCUCUGAUUCAGGAAAUUCCUUCACCAGUUGCUUUUCCCAGACCAAGGGAACAGCUUUGGAAAAUCUGUCUCCAGAUGCCCAGGGACAAGACCGAAGAGCGUGCCUAUCCUCAUGUCUCGGUUCCUCAGAGGAGAAGAAGCGAAACUUCCUCCCCUCACCAGCCCCCAGCUCCCCGCUCAGGCCUGGCUCCCGCAGCGACUCCUACACCAGCACGGGCAGGUCCUCCCCCGGCUCCAGCCGCUCCCGCUCCUCGCACCACAAGGCCUCUCCCAGGUACUCCCGAAGCAGGUCCUGCUCCUCGGGAAAGAGGUCCUCCACACGUUCCCCCAGCUAUUCCUCCAAAUCCUGCAAAAAAAGUCCUGGGAGUAGAAGUUCAAGGCCUCGCCGGAGCCCCAGUUACUCCCGCUACAGCCGUAGCAGGGACCGCGAGCGGGAGCACAAGUACAGCUCCAGCGAGAAGGAGUCGCACCGGGAGCGGCAGCGGCGCCGUCGCUCCUAUUCCCCCCUGAGGAAACGCCGGAGAGACUCUCCCAGCCACCUGGAAGCUCGGCGCAUCACAAGUGCCCGCAAACGCCCCAUCCCCUACUACCGUCCCAGCCCCUCCUCCUCCAGCAGCGCCGGCAGCUAUUCCUCCUGGUCCAGCAGCUUCAGCCGCUCCCCGAGCCGCAGCCGGAGCUACUCCAGCUACCGGACGAGCCGGAGCCGAAGCUGGAGCAGCAGCCGGAGCUCGGGCCCCAGGAGCAGCCGCAGCAGGAGCAGGAGCUAUGACUCAGGAGCCAGCUCCGACAGCCUGCGUCGUUAGGGAGUGCCACUGCUGGCUGACAGCGGGUGCCGGCGUCACCGCCACAUUCCUGGCAUUCUCCGCUUCCUUCCCACCUACCUGGCCAUCGAUAGCGAUCAUCCCCGAUACUGACGUGGUGGCAUUGCCGGGUCCCCCUUCCCCGGUUCGGAGUAAGAGUCCUGGAUCAGUCCCAGCUCCCCAGGCCAGGCUGGAAGAAGGGUCGGUGCUUUAUAGAGGGUCUGUCACGACAGACCUGCUCCAUCCUCCCCGAUGCUCCCAUCUCCCCAUUGCUACUGCUCUCCAAAGCACUACCAGCGGGUCCAAAGGCAAGAUUCUGCUCCUUGCUCUUCUGACAAACCAGGAAGCAAUCAAUUAACUUCUGUUGGAGAGACAGACCCAGCUGGGGAGGAGUUUGCUUCGGUGAUGGGGGGGAUGGCUGUCCCCACCAAGGCGAGUAUCACAUCCUUUGGGUCUCUCCUCCAGAGCUGCUGCCCACUCUGCAGAGAAAAUACUUAUUUUUUGCCAGUCAGCCAGUCCCUGCUAUAAUUAGAAGGCUAGAAAUCCCUCCUGAUGUACUUGCUGGGGGGAAAAAAGGCUGUUUGCUCUUUCUCCUGCCCUUUCCUACCAGGUAGCAGCACCUUUUGCAGUGUUGUUUUUUCCCCCCAGCACUGAAUAGCUUGCAAACCACCUGCUGAGGUCUGCAGCAGACCUGGGGCUGGUGAGGCACAAUGGACAGGGGAGGUGGUGCCGUGCUGUGCUCCGAGGGCCAGGCCACGUGUGGGAGACAGCGGCCAUGGGCUUCCCUUCUCGGGGCAAGCCUCAGACAGUUUGGGUUUCAGUUCUUCAGGGACCAUUGCCCUCAGAGUGCAUUGCUGGUGGGACCAGAGGGAGGUGCAGAGAUAGCAGCUGUGGGGUGCAGUCAGAACACACAGGGUUAAAAGGGCAUUGCAAGAGCCAGGGGACCCCAAUUCCCCUUCCUCAAAACACGCAGCAAUUUCAGGGAGGAUUCCAGGCAAUCGUUCCUCCUUGAGCCCCUCUGGCUGCCCCAGGGCAGGAUCAGCGGCACAGGCUGCAGCAGGAUGCACUGGUGCCCCAGUUUGUUACUGGGAGGCCAGAGCAGUGCAGGGGGACAGGAAGGGCCCCCCACUAAUUGCCUGUUUUUCCAGGGAGCCACAGGCUGUCCUGGGCCCUGGGGUUUUGUCUCCCUGCCAGCCCAGCUGCCUGCGCAAUUACUGUGUUUUGCUGGUAACAAAGGCUUCUCCCAGCACAGGCUGAGCUGGUGCUGAGGAGUUUAUUUCUCUUACAACACCUGGGUGCUUAGAGACGCUAAUUUGGGCUUAAGACUUCCCUCCCUCCCUUUUUCCAUCCCCUCCCCUUCCAUCCUGCACGAUUAUUAACGAGUUUGGGCUUAAUGAGUCAAGGAGGUGUGUGUUGUUUAAGUGUUACAGCAAAGGGCUGAGUGGAGCCACCAUCUGCAGGAGGAGUGGGGGUAGAAAGGAAUAGAACCCACCCCCCAUCUACAGAAUUACCUACAGGCCCCUGACAGCCAGAGAAGGGACAAAGCAGCAAGGGGAGGAGGCCAUGAGCUGCUGUGGUGGAAGUGGAUGAUCACCUCAGCAAGCCCAUAAAUCUGUUAUCUGUUGGAAAGGUACAGCAGCACAGGCAGGGAUUCCAUCUGGGUGGUACAAGAGGAAGUUUUAUGUCAGGGAUCUCUUUCCCUGUGUCUUUCCUGGUGCUGGUCCCUCUUGUCCUGUGCCUUCAAAUGGCCAAAACUCUUUCCCAGACCCUCAUCUCCCACCUUGCUUGCUGAAGGCAGUGUGAGGAUGAGGGAGCUGAAGUGGAGAGCUGGGCACUGGUAUGGUUGGUGGCUUAGUGGGGAUGUGUCCAUCUUCUGGAAGGGCCCUUUCUAGGACACAAAGAGAAGCGCUCCUGGUAGGGCUGAGCAAAUACUCCAGGGCUGUGGCUGAGGGAUGAAAGACAGGAUGGAGCUGCCUUCCCUCCUGUGCUGGCCCCAGCAGCUGCCCCUUGCCCACCUUCUGCAGCAAACUCCCUCUCAAAAGGGCUGAAAACCUCGUGCUUCUUUCCCAAAGAGUCUCCCCAGUUUGAUGCUGAAAUGCCCCAUCCUUCUGCUCCCUGGGAAGAUCCAAAGGCAGUGAUGGGAACCCAGACCUCCCCAGCUCCACAGUGCUUCAGGAGCAGCCUCCUGCCCCUUGGCACCCCGUAACGCACACGCAGAGCUGUAGCAAGGAAGCAGCGAGCCCGAAGAUCCAAAACUAGGAAAGAAAAGAAGAGAGGCUUUGUGCAACUGAUGUAAAUACCAAACUCACACUCUCUGGAGUCCUCAUGGCUGGGGACAGAUGAUGGAAGCACCACACGAGGGUUAGCAGCAUCCACUCCCUGUGGGUCAGGAGAUGACCCCGAGGGUUGUGUGUGGGGCUGAUGGCAGCUCCUGCACUCGUCCAGCUGAUCCCUACAUCAAGGACUGCCUCUGCCUGCACAGUCUGUGGCAGCUAAAUGCUCCUGGGCUUUCCCAAGCAGACUUGCAUUGGAGUAAAUCUCUUUAAAUUAUUUAUUUAUUUAACUUAUUAUUAUUAUUAUUAUUAUUUUAUUUUUAAUUGUAUGUCAGAAUGGACCAGUAUUUAUUUAUUCUAAUUUCGCCCCCCCCUCAACGUUAAGUUAUUUUCGGAUCUGUUUGUUUGUUCAAAUGUAUCCAUGCCGCCGGUCUCGUGUAAAGGUUUACAGCUCUGGCCCCUCACGGUGAGGUGGCCGGAGGAGUGACAGUCACUCCUGCUGCCACCGUGUCCCUCUGCGCUCCCCGGAGCAGGGCGGAGAGCACGGCACGGACAAAGGGACGCAGGGCAGAGCUGCGUGUUUUCAUGUCGGAAUCUCGGGUUUCUCACUAGAUUUGCGCAGGAAUGUGAUGGGUGUGACACAGAAACGGGUCUAGGACGGGUGUAGGAGGUGACGGCGGGGGUCUGCUGGCCGGCCGAGCGCGGGGUGCUGGCAGUGCCACCGGGGAAGUGUCGCUGGCCCGGUGCCAGCUGGCCCCGCGCUGUUUGCCUUGGCUCCGCCGCCAGAGCUCAACCCGAAACCCGGCUCUCCGCAGCCACCGCCGCUUUCCCUGGGAGGAUGCCGUCGCCAGGACUCCCCUGCCGUGUUUAUCCCUGCGCGCUGACCCACCCAUGGGAAAACAAAAGAGAUGAGACUGUGAGAGACUGAACCCUGCGGAAAGUCCUUGCAAAAUCCAGCCUCUGGUGACGGACCUGACCAAGUCUGUGUGUGUAUGUGUGUAUGUGCACAUGUGGAUGUACAUGUGAGUUUCCCUCGGUGUUAUUUAUUUUUUAACUUAUUUAAUAUUUUUAGUACGAGCUUUAGUACACCCUCCCUGUUAGUGUACAGACGAGGUUUUUGUGGGUUUGCGUGAAGCUGUGGGUUUUUCUGUCUCUGUGCCUUUUGCCAGUGCUUUUUUUUAUUUAUUUUUUAAUGUUAUUUCUCUUAUUCACCACUUUUAUGGAUUUUUGCUCUGCAUCCAACAUCUCAGAUUGCUGCAGGUGCUCUCUGCAAAGAGCAGCUUCGCCUGGUGGAAAGGCAGCUUGGUCAUUUUGGUGUUGGUGGCUCUCUGCUGUGGUCAGACACACAAGGGGUGUUCAGGGCUGGCCACAACAUCAGGAUAAUAUAAUAAUAAUAUCUUAGCUGUUUUUUGGAAGGCCUGUCUCACACUCAAAGGUUCUUUCCCUCCCAUGAUUUUGAAUCAGCUCACAAGCAUCCCUGCUGCCUUUCCCUGGCAGCUCCCAAUGUCUCCCUGACCCUGGAGACGUUGACUCUCCCCAUUCACUGGGCCUGCCUUGGCUAUGGGUUUGUCCCCACAAGGGACACUUGUCCCACCUCUCCCAACCCCAAGCUCCAGAAAAUCCAACACCGUUUCUGCAGGUUUGCUGGGAAGCAAGAUGAGGGAUGUUUCAAAGCACUAUUCUGUUCUUUCUCCAUUGGUUUCAGCACUUAGCUGAGCUUUGCUUUAUGUUGACUGCAAUUUUCUCAAUGUUUUUGCUGUUUUGGGGACUGACUUUGUACCAAACUUGUCUGCAACAGUCAAUCAUCAUUAUUUUGCUAUGCAUUGUACAUAUAUUGAACAGGCUGAGAGAACUUGGCCUCUAUUUAAUAUUUAUUUCUUCUAUUUAUUGAGCAUUACUUUAAAAAGAGCUAUUUGGGUCAUGCUGUUGGGUCCAUGAAGGCAAGAGCCUUUGAAGUGUUGCCAGAUAUGUUGGAGAGAGGAAGGCAAAUUUGGCUCAUUUGGACCUCACCACCAGUACUUGGAGAGAAACCUCAUUGUGGUAGGGAUGGGCAAGGCAGGAGAAACCUCUCCAUCUCCUUGAACCAGCUUCUGUUGACAAAUCACGCCCCCCUGGAAAGGUGUGGGGAAUUCAGAGGUAACAAACCAGCUCUGGUGGAGGAAUAACCCUGCUGCUCUUCCUCUGCCACGUGAUAUAGGGCUGCCAUCACCAAAAAUCCCUGGAGUUCUCUGAUCUCCCACUGCUGAUCUCCUCUUCCCUUUGUGGGGCAGGAACACCGGUCACCCUUUGCAUCAGUGAUGAGGAAGGGGAUAGGAUGGAAGUGACUGGCUGUGGUCUCCACCAGGAAGCAAGGAUGUCCACCCUGCCCCAUCCUGAGACCCUCGUGCCAUGUCCUGCUUUGCCCCCUUCCCCAAGCUUUGUGCUUUGCCCUGAUGUGAGCUCAGUAGCCAGGGCAGGACUGGGGAGGCCUCCCCUGUUGUCUCCAACACGAGCAGAGCUUGCUGCAGGCAUCCUCCCCCAGCUUUGAGGAGAGCGUGAGAUGUGCUAAAAAUCCCACCCCGUCCCAGUGUCGCUCCACCAACACCGCAGGCGCUGCUCUGCUCCCUCGGGCGGGAGGUGUUUGUGCUCAGCAGCAGGAGAGUGCCCAGCGCUGGGCUGUUCCCACAGAGCUCACCGGGAGCUGCUGCGUGCUCAGCCUCUCAGGGUAUUGCUUUGAGAAAGGGGAAGGUUCAGGUGCCUAAGGGAAGGCUUUACCCUUUAGGGUCCAGUGGGGUUUUAUUACCUCUUCACCAGAGAAUACAUAAUCCUCAUGGCUUUGGUGCUGUCUGGCAGUUUGCACGUGACUGGGAGGGUCUCCAAAGCAACAGUGUCAUGGUCAAGCACCCCAGUUUUUGGGCUAUUGCCUAGAGAACAACACCCUCACCAGCCCAGGGCAGCUCUCCACCUUUGAAACCCGGGCAAUGAGGAGAAGAUUUAGAACAAAAGCCAAGAUGUGAGGAAAAGCCGCGAGGAAACAGUGUCUCUGUUCUCUGCCUGUUGGUUGAUUCCACCCCCAACGACACCGGCGCAUCUGUUUGAGUUCAUUGUAAAGCUCCCCUUGCUCUCCAUCCACAUGCGUUCUGUAUCCUUUUGUCUUCCUGGGUGUUUGAGUUGUUAGCCUGGUUAGAAAAAGGUUCCAAUAAAGGUUCGGACAGUA